GGGGAAGGAUGUGAUGAAGGGAAUUCUAAGGGACUGAAUGGCUCCUUAUUGUACACUAUGUGAAAUUACCUUGAUUCACUCUUCCCCACCCCCCUCUCAAUCCCAAUCAGGGCCAUUGCACGAGAUCACCACAUCAGUCUUAGUCCUUGGAAUCAAUCUCCGGGUCUAAGCACCCUUGAUGGAGGCAGGAACCCUGCUCAAUGGCUUUCUGCACUUGGUACUUCAUUUCUUAUCACUAUGGCCGCCUUGAGGUCUAAGGCUGAGCUUCAGCGAUAUUCCUUGUUUUGCUUUGUUUUAUUUUGGCUUUCUCAGCUGUAAAGUCAGUGGUCGGACUAACUCGGUGAUCUCUUAGACGGCCUUGGAUACCACCAAAAGAUGACUCACCACUCUUAGGGGAGAACCGGCAGUUCCAGGGUUCUCCCAGCCUCGGCUUGCUCACGCCCUCCGAAGCCGAGAGGGCCCAAAGUGAAGACCUAGAGAACACCCGGAAAUAGGGAGGACCUCCAAGCACGUGAUGGGGGAACGCUCCUGUGCUGUCACGUGAGCCGCCAACCCGUGGCUCCUCGGUGUGGUACGCUCAGCUGCUCUUAAAGAUCCUCUCCCGUCCCAUCAGAGCCAACUCUGAACACUCGCUGACUUUGAACCCUUCGGGGGAUCUGAACUCGAUGUCAUGGGAAGCUCUGCGGGCUCGCGGCGGCGCCUGUCGGAUUCGGAGGGGGAGGAGACCACCCCGGAGCCCCGGGCCCCUCUGCUGGACCGUCAGGGUGCCCAUUGGAAGGACGCGGUGGGCUUCUGGCUCCUGGGCCUUUGCAACAACUUCUCUUACGUGGUGAUGUUGAGUGCUGCCCAUGACAUCCUUAGCCACGAUAGGGUGCCCCGGAACCAGAGCCAUGUGGACCCAGGCCCAACAGCCCUCCCCCACAACAGCUCCUCUCGAUUUGACUGCAACUCUGUCUCCACGGCUGCAGUGCUCUUGGCAGACAUCCUCCCCACCCUCGUCAUCAAGUUGCUGGCUCCUUUUGGACUUCACCUGCUGCCCUACAGCCCUCGGGUGCUUGUCAGCGGGCUUUGUGCUGCAGGAAGCUUCGUCUUGGUUGCCUUUUCUCAUUCAGUGGGGACCAGCCUGUGUGGUGUGGUCCUGGCCAGCAUCUCCUCAGGCUUAGGGGAGGUCACCUUCCUGUCACUCACUGCCUUCUACCCCAGGGCUGUGAUCUCCUGGUGGUCCUCAGGGACUGGAGGAGCGGGACUUUUAGGGGCCCUGUCCUACCUGGGCCUCACCCAGGUUGGCCUCUCCCCCCAGCACACCCUGCUGUCUAUGCUGGGUGUCCCCGCUCUGCUGCUGGCCAGCUAUUUCUUGUUGCUCACGUCUCCCGAGCUCCAGGACCCAGGAGGGGAGGAAGAGGCAGAGACCGCAGCUCGGCAGCCCCUGAUAGGCACUGAGGCCUCUGAGUCGAAGCCAGGCUCCAGCCCAAACCUCUCCCUUCAGGAAAGGUGGACCGUGUUCAAGGGGCUGCUGUGGUAUAUCAUCCCCCUGGUCCUCGUUUACUUUGCCGAGUAUUUCAUCAAUCAGGGACUCUUCGAGCUGCUCUUUUUCCGGAACACUUCCCUGAGUCACGCACAGCAGUACCGCUGGUACCAGAUGCUCUACCAAGCUGGCGUCUUCAUCUCACGCUCUUCUCUCCGCUGCUGUCGCAUCCGCUUCACCUGGGCCCUGGCCCUGCUGCAGUGCCUCAACCUGGCCUUCCUGCUAGCAGACGUGUUGUUGAACUUCCUGCCCAGCAUCUACCUCGUCUUCCUGAUCGUUGUGUAUGAGGGGCUCCUGGGCGGUGCCGCGUACGUGAACACCUUCCACAACAUUGCCCUGGAGACCAGUGAUGAGCACCGGGAAUUUGCCAUGGAAACUGCCUGUAUCUCCGAUACCUUGGGGAUCUCCCUGUCAGGGCUCCUGGCCUUGCCUCUGCACGACUUCCUCUGCCACCUCUCCUGACAUUCUGGCUCUUCAGGAUACAGGACACAUUGACCAGUGGGCAGGCGGGCAGGUUGGACAGCAGGUCCGUCCAGAGCUAUUCCAUGAGCUCUGUUCUUGCCUUCCCCCGGGCUGGCAGUAGGGAAGUGUUGAGGCUUUGUCGUCCCCUUAGACAUGGGGCAGCUAUUAUCGUCCACUCCCAGCUGGUCUUGGGGAGCUGCUGCUUCUUAUUUUGCCUUCUGAAUAAAUGUGUAUUUUAUCAGGUGA